UAUUUAAGCAAAAAUAAUAUGGGAUUGAAGGCAUUUUUACUAAUUGUUUUGGCUAUUUUUCUUGUGAUAACAUCAGAGGUUGCAGCUAGGAAGUUGGUUAAGAGAUCCAUCACUUCCUUGGAAAAAGAGGUUGCAGCUAGGAAGUUGGCUCAGAGCUCCAUCACUUCCCUAGAAAAGGAACAAACAAAUGAAGAAAACAAUAAUGCCAAAUUUCUAGGAGUAGCGCUUCCACCAAUAGGAGGAGUACUUUCAGAAAUUGGAGCACCUAUUGGAUUCGAAAGACUUUCAGGAAGUGGAGAACUUAUCGAAAUUGGAGCACCUAUUGAAUCAGAAGGACUUUUAGGAAGUGAAGAACUUAUCGAAAUUGGAGCACCUAUUAAAUUUGGAGGACUUCCAUGAAUUAAAGGAGCAGGACAUCUAGGUAUAAAUCUGAAUUAGUCGAACAGAUAUUGAAGCCCAAAUAGAAAGAUAAAAAAAAUAAUAUGAAUAAAUAUAUCAUAAAUCUCCAUUCAUUUAUUAUGGAUGGAUGGAUGGGUAUCAGGUCUCUUUUUAUAAUAAAUAAUCUCAUAGGGAUUAGGGAUCAUUUGAUAGGAUGUAUACGAAUAACGUUGAAUAGGGCAAUGCUUGCAUUAGUAAUGUUGGUAUAGUUAUGUAACAAUUAUUUCUUGUGCAUUGUUUAAUUUGAUGUAUUAAAAAUAGUAUACACU